CCUCUUUUUGCGUUUGUCUGCAAAUCUGCAUCUCCAAUUGCUAUGCCUAACAUGAUCAUGGCCUCUAUCUCCUCCUCUUCCUUCGCUGAUUUAAAAGACCAAAUUUCUUCUCUCCUCAAAUCUCCAUCCCCAAAUCACUUACCGAAACCCACAUACUCCAAUCUCUCAACUCUCUUUGCGUAAUCACUGCCACUCUUCCUCAUCCUCCCCUGCCGCCAUUCGCCACCAUAAUUGCUCAACGAAUUUGACCUCACCCAAUCACCCUCCAGUUGCUCUGACUAAGAAUUCGUCGAUAUCAUGGUUGACAUAUUUGAAGCUCUAUGCUGCCUCUAGGCACUUCCAUGCCACCCACCUAUGCUGCCAGAAUCAAGAAUGAAAGGAAGAACAAUUUGAACUCGACCCGCUAAGAACAAAACUAUAGAACCAGAAAAGCUUGCUGCUGUUUUUUUUUUCCGAUGAUUACUGGGGUGGUUGGUUAUGCUCACCUUGACUCGCCUCACUGAUCGCAUCAACCCUGUAGAACGAUGAUGUUGUCCACCUGUCAAAUCCAACGGUUUACAUGACCUGUGUACUGAAUAACUUUCGCUAAUAAACACUUCGACACACAUAAACCUUGGUCGUUGUAACAAUAAGAAUCUCCAAUUCCAAAAUGACACUAUCCCACGAGCUAUCACAGCUUGUUCCUUCAAGCCUCUUCUCUGGGUCUUCUUCUCCAACCCCUCAAACCCUCACCAAGAUCCUAUCUUUCUGCGCAGCCUCGGCCUCUCUCCACCUGGGUACUGCCGUCCACGCCGUUAUCAUCAAACUGGGCCUCUCCAAUGUCUACACAACCAGCGCUCUCGUCGACAUGUACGGAAAAUGCGGCCACUUACGUAAUGCCCACAACGUGUUCGACGAAAGUCCUCACAGAAAUGUAGUAACUUGGAACUCAUUGAUUUCUGCGUAUUUGCAAAGUGGCUCUCCACUGAGAGCAUCCCGUUGGUUUUUGAACAUGUUGAGAUACGGAGAAGAGCCGCCGACGACGUUUAGCUUUUCGAGUGUGUUGGUGUGUUGUGCACAGAUGGAAGCUGAGGAGCUUGGAGCUCAGGUUCAUGGGUUGAGCUUGAAAAUGGGGGUCUGUGAUGAUGUUGUGGUGGGGACAGGGUUGAUAGAUAUGUAUGCAAAGUGUUGUAAGGUUGGUGAGGCGCGGCGGGUGUUUGAUCAAACGAGGGAGAGGAAUGUUGUGACUUGGACUUCUAUGGUUAAGGGGUGCGCGCAGGGUGGACUGUCUGGUGAGGCAAUGAGUUUGGUGAGGGAAAUGGUGAGGUUGGGUAUGAAGCCGAAUCAUGUUACUUAUAAUAGUUUGUUGAGUUCGUUUCCUAGUUGGAAUUCUUGCAGGCAAGUGCACUGCCGGAUAGUGAAAGAAGGGUUUAGUUCUAAUGUCUAUAUUGUGGUUACUCUUUUGACUGUAUAUUCGGAGUUUAAUUGUAGCUUGGAGGACUUUUGUGCGCUUUGCGCAUGUGUUGCAGUGUGGUGUCAGAUUUCGUGGAAUGCAGUGAUUGCGGGCUUUUGUAAUAUUGGGAGCAGUGAUGAAGCUCGGAAGUGUUUCUCUGAAAUGAGGGAGGCCGGUGUUGCUGUGGAUUGUUUCACAUUUACAAGUAUGUUAAAAGCGGUAGGAACUAUUUUGGCACUUGUAGAGGGAAAGAAGAUCCAUGCUCUCAUCUUCAAGAGUGGACAGGAAUCAAAUUUAUGUGUUCAGAAUGGGCUUGUUUCAAUGUAUGGAAGAUGUGGUGCCAUCCAUGAUGCAAAGUGGGCAUUUACUUUGAUGAAAGAGUAUGAUGUGGUCUCGUGGAAUUCAUUAUUAUCAGGAUAUGCACAUCAUGGAUUUGGGAAGGAGACUGUUGAAUUAUUUGAACAAAUGAGAAGAACAGAGGUCAAACCAGAUGACACCACCUUCUUAAUUGUACUCACUGCCUGUAGCCAUGUUGGUUUGUUGGACAAAGGGCUCGAGUAUUUCAAUCUAAUGAGCCAUGAUGAUUUACUCAAUCCACCCAAGAUGGAGCACUACGCUACAGUCACUGAUCUUUUUGGUCGGGCUGGAAACCUUCUGGAAGCGGAAGCCUUUGUCAGUAGCAUGCCAAUAGAGCCAGGUGCCUCUGUAUACAAAGCCCUGCUAAGUGCUUGCCAAGUUCAUGGAAAUGAGGAACUUGCUUUUCGUUAUGCAAAAAAGCUUCAACAACUGUGCCCAAAUGAUCCUGCAACUUACAUACUGCUAUCAAAUGUGUUGUUGACAAGCGGCUCCUGGGAUGAUGCAGCAGGAGUACGGAAGCUCAUGUAUGACAGAGGAAUAAGAAAAACUCCUGGUUAUAGUUGGAUUUGAUUCAACAUUACAAUAUCAAGAAAAGGACUUGGAUUUGUCGCAUCCUUCCCUUUUGUAUCCUUUGUAUCCAUUAUGGAUGGGUGCCUCUGUUUUCUCUCCAGGAGAACAGAUUAUAAUGAAAAUACGCUUUAUUAGGCAUAUCUCCAAACAAAUUGGUGCCAUAAUUUCUCCAGGUAAUACAUGUUUAAUUUCAGCUUAGCAUUGGUGACCAUGCAUUUUGUUGCAUGCGAGAUUUAAAAAUACACAGUACAAUGAGUUGUAGACUUGUAGAAAUAUUGUGCCUGUAUAAGCCAUUGUACUUGUCACCAAGUGCACGUGGAGUGUUCUUAACUAAGGACUACCAUUGUCUAGCCAGAAAAGUGAGAAGAAGCUUAUCAUAGUUGCUGAGUAUCAAAUCUUUGGCCAGAAAAUUGUGAAGUGACGAGGGUUAUAAGUACAUAUGCUUGCUGUCCAGUGAUGCAGCAUGAUAAUGUACCUGCUUUUCAGGGUAGAGAGAACAUAAGAUACCCCUUGUUUGCCUUCAUAUUUAAACUUUUGUCAUGGUAUCUAGCUUAAAAAUUACUUUUGAUAUUCAGUUGUGGUAGUCAUCCCACAGAUGAGCUGGCCAGUGCUCUGGAGCUCUGGUUACACCAUCUUAAAUCCUGUAUGUUUUCUAUAUAACGAGAGUCUGGCAAUGUUAGAAAUACCUUGUUACUUGCCAUUUAUCCAUAGUAAUGACAACUGUACAAUUUUAAGCUAUAUAGAACAUGUCAAUUCUUCUGAAAAUCAUAUCUUUCUACUCUUUUAUUUAUGAAUGUAAUAUUUAAUUUAGUCCUGACUAAUAACCAAUCUUUGCAGCAUGAACUGUACAGCCAACUACCGUCACCUUUAGUGAAGGUUAAACUAUGGGAUGAUGUUAGUCGUCAUAUGCUGCUCACUGCUCUCACUAUCUUGGAGGCUGGCUGUAUUGAAGACAUAGAUUGGGAUGGAUCUGCUUGAGCAUCAGCCCGGAGAUGUAUACUAAUAGCGAUGAGAUUAAAUGGCCAAACACAUUGGUGAAUAUGCACUCUAGUCAUAUUCUGAAUAAGUGGAAGUUUUAUCUAAAAUGGCAUUCCUCUGGUACGGUUGAAGCGAUCGAAGACUCUGGUGGUAUCAUUGUAUCAAGAGACUUAUGUGCUGGAUGCAAGAGAGCUCUGUUGUACUUGAACCACUACGGGGGAGUUUGAAGUUGCUUCUUGCUUGUCAUUAUGUUCUCUUAAUUACCUUGUAUUGACAGGCAUUAUUAUCUUUGAUGAGUUAUGGCUAGAAAGCCUUAUCAAACAGAUAUAUUUGUGGAUGCUAGUGUUGUGUUUCCAAUUAACUACGCAUAUGUAGUAGUUUUGUACCGGGG